UUACCUCUACCGGUUUCGCAGUCCUGCAGUGCACAGCACCUGUUUGUUUAAAUACCCCAGCGAACUCCGUCUCCUUCCACCAUCUAAAAAAAAAAACAGAGAAAUCGGGCACAAAAUUAGGGACUUAAAACUCGAAUCCACAGUCAUGGAGCUUGGAAGAUGGGAGGGGAUGCAGAUGGAUUGCCUUGUAAACAUCUUCUCUAAGCUCGGCCUGGACGAUCUUACCACCGCCGUACCCCUCGUCUGCAAAUCUUGGAAUCAGGCAUCUGUCGACCCCCUUUGCUACCGGAUCCUCGAUUUUCGUCACUUAGACUUUAAUCCAUCGAGCCCCUUCGCCUCGAGAUUCGCAUUCGAGUUCUCCGUUCCGCGAUUCUCCUUCUCCGACUUCUUGAAGCUCGCCAUGGCACGUGCCCGUGGCGCCGCCGUUGAUCUCCGAUUCAACUCGCUCUUCUCCGCUUCAAGCCAAGAUCUAUCCCUUGCAUCCGAUGAAUGCUCGAAGCUGAAGAACCUGAUCCUGCCUCGGAUUGAAUCCGAAGACGAGGAGCUGCUCUUGAAAGCAAUUAGCAACUGGAAGGAGCUUGAGGUGCUCGAGAUGGAAUCCAAGCCUUCAGUUCUUCAUGAGUUGGUGAAGCAGAUCGGCCUCCACUGCAACAAAUUCCAGGGGCUCAAGCUCCGGGGAUCCAUCAAGAAAGAGGAUGCCGCGGCGAUCAUCGGAUCUCUUCCGAAACUGAAAUGGUUAGAUCUGAGCUGCUGCAGGUUAGGCAGAGAGGACCUGCUUGCUAUAAUUGACGGAUGCCGGGAUCUAAAUAGAUUAUGUGUGAGGGAGUGUAUCGGGUUUGAGGUUGAUGAGGAAUUGAAGAGAAGGGCGAGUGGGAUUGAGGUUUUUGAGCAUGAGGGAUCCAUGAUCGAGGAUGAGUGUGAGCUUGAUGAGCUUGAAGAUGAUCGGAAUGUGUCGUUGGAGCAGAUGUUGAUGUAUUAUGACGAUUGCUACGCGAUGUGGUUGUUUUGAAAUUUUGAUGCGCAUCAUUAAUGGGAAAUGUGGAAGCAGGUUUCCAAUCUGUUUAUCAAUGGCUAUCUUCUUCUUGUCGAA